GUAGAUGGGGCUUUGCCCGGGCACAUCGACCAAUAGGAGGAUGAGAAAGGGUCUGGCCUUGCUGUAGUUUGGUUGCAUUCUCUUUCCGCCGGGCAGGAGGUUCCUUUGGUGCGCGGGAGGUCGUGGGGCUGAAUCUGAACAACGGGCGCUGCGUAGCGGACAUCAGGCCAGCUGAAAAUGCAAGGGAACAGGGGCUUUAAAUCUGAGCAGCAAAACCAUGCUCAUAGAAAACCUCAAUAUAAUCAAUAUCAGCAACAUCAUCAGCAGCAGUAUCAUUAUCAUCAUCAGCAGCAGCAAUAUCAAGAAGAAGAAACUCCUUCUCCUACAAAUGGACAACAAACCAGUCCCAAUGAAGGAGUGGUAAUUGAUUUAAAGAAUUUCCGGAAGCCAGGUGAGAAGACAUUCACUCAACGCAGUCGCCUCUUUGUUGGCAAUUUGCCUCCCGAUGUCACAGAAGAGGAGCUAAGGAAAUUGUUUGAAAAAUAUGGCAAGGCAGGAGAGAUCUUUAUACACAAAGACAAAGGCUUUGGUUUCAUCAGGCUGGAAACUCAUACCCUGGCAGAGAUAGCCAAGGCAGAGCUUGAUAAUCUACCUUUGCGAGGGAAGCAGCUGCGUGUUCGUUUUGCCUGCCACAGUGCUGCUCUAUCUGUGCGGAACCUUCCCCAGUUUGUGUCUAAUGAGUUGUUGGAAGAGGCCUUCUCUAUAUUUGGACAGGUUGAAAGAGCUAUUGUAAUUGUGGAUGAUCGUGGAAGACCCACAGGCAAAGGAAUUGUUGAAUUUGCAUCUAAACCAGCAGCUCGGAAAGCUCUAGAUCGCUGUGCUGAUGGCUCUUAUCUUCUCACUGCGUUUCCCCGUCCUAUAACUGUGGAGCCUAUGGAACAGCUUGAUGAUGAAGAAGGCUUACCAGAGAAGCUUGUUGCCAAGUCCCAGUCCUACCAUAAGGAGCGAGAGCAGUCUCCUCGCUUUGCUCAGCCUGGAAGCUUUGAGUAUGAAUAUGCUAUGCGCUGGAAAGCUCUGAUUGAUAUGGAGAAACAGCAGCAAGAACAAGUUGACCGGAACAUUAAAGAAGCCCAAGAGAAGAUGGAAAUCGAGAUGGAGGCUGCAAGACAUGAGCAUCAAGUUAUGCUUAUGCGGCAAGAUCUAAUGAGGCGACAGGAGGAGUUGCACAGAUUGGAGGAGUUACACAACCAAGAUGUACAGAAACGCAAACAGCUGGAGCUCAGACAUGAAGAAGAACGCAGAAGGCGUGAGGAUGAGACUCGUCGGCAACAGGAGGAGAUGCUCAGACGUCAGCAGGAGGGCUAUAAAAGCAACUACCCUGAUACUAGGGAAGCUGACAUGAGAAUGGCACAGAUGGCAUUGCCAGGGUCAUUGGGAAUGAAUAACCGUCCAUCACUGGGUAAUACUCUUGUCCCUCCUGGAACUGCUCCCCCAACUGUGCCUGGCCCUAUGAUGCCAGAAGCGGCUGCAAUUGGAAUGACCCCACCCACAGCUGACCGAUUUGGACAGGCCCCCAACAUGGAAGCCCUCAGUGCAGCUAAUCAACAAGGUUUCCCGCGUGGCACGCCAGUGGCUGAUUUUGGCCCUAAUAAACGUCGCAGAUACUGAUUUAUUUUCCUCUUUUGUAUCAGGUCAUCAGCCACAUGAGUUUCCCACGGCUAGUGUGACUGGAUUUGUAUUGGUAGUGUUCAUGUUAUAGGGCCGUCUCUAGUGCAGGUGGAGAUUGGUUCUAAACUUUUAACCACAUUUUGUUGAGGGUUUAAGGGUGGGAGGGGGAGUAUUGCUUACGUGCAGGAAAUCUUGUAUAAUGUGAACAAUUCCUAGAAGGAUUUGCUGAUCAUCUUAUUUUCCAGGAGGAAAGCGUUAACUUUCGGACGGUUUCUAAGCUGCAAUGUGUUAACAUGCCACUGUGCCUCCCAUUCCUGCCUCCUCAGUCCAUUACACAGUUUGUCUUUUCAUAAGAUUGCAACCUUAUGGCUGCCCUGAGCUUGAGUGGCGAAGCUCAUUUUUAUAUAUAUAUUUUAUUUCUUCUCCUAUACUGGACCAUACUUUAUGUAGUGUUUUGUAUUUUUUUAUUUUCCACCUUGCGUGGUUGUUACCUGCUGGGAUUAAUUUUCUAGUUCAGCUCUCCUUACUUCAGUCCCAAGUCUCCAGUCAUGUGUUCUGUUAAGCUUCCUCAUGGCAUCCCACCACCAGUGUUGUCUCCUCUUAGCAUUGUUGAGGACUAGAUUGGUUAUUCAGCAAUGUGAGAUGUGUAAACGAUUCAUAAAUAAAUGGGAUUUUAAGUC